AUGGUGGGAUCCCUUCUCCUGCCCCUGCAGAUGCUCCUGCUGUCCUUAGCUCUGGGAACUGCUGGGCAAGAAGCCCAGGGUGACAAGAGUGGGGAGAAGAUUAUUGAUGGUGUUCCAUGUCCAAGAAGCUCCCACCCAUGGCAGGUGGCUCUGCUCAAGGGCAACCAGCUGCACUGCGGGGGCGUGCUGGUCGGGGAUCGCUGGGUACUCACGGCGGCCCACUGCAAGCUGAAUGAGUACACUGUGCAUCUGGGGAGUGAUAAGCUGGGCGACAGAAAGUCCCAGAAGAUCAAGGCUUCAAGGUCAUUCCGUCACCCUGGUUACUCCACACAGACUAACGUUAAUGACCUCAUGCUUGUGAAGCUAAAUAGCCGGGCCAGACUGUCAUCAAAUGUGAAAAAAGUCACCCUGCCCUCCCACUGUGAGCCCCCUGGGACUAUGUGCACUGUCUCUGGCUGGGGCACUACCACAAGCCCUGAGGUGACUUUUCCCUCCAAGCUCAUGUGCACAGAUGUCAAGCUCAUCUCCUCCAAUGAGUGCAAGAAGGUUUACAAGGACCUGCUGGGCAGUUCCAUGCUGUGUGCCGGCAUCCCUAACUCCAAGACCAACGCCUGCAAUGGUGACUCAGGGGGACCGUUAGUAUGCAAAGGCACCCUGCAAGGUCUGGUGUCCUGGGGAUCUUUCCCAUGUGGCCAACCCAAUGACCCAGGUGUCUACACUCAAGUCUGCAAGUUCAGCGACUGGAUAAAUGAGACCAUGAGAAGGAAUCGCUAA